AUGUCAAUCCUCGCCCUCCCACAAGACCCUUUCUUUCCCCAAGAACCUGCCAGGGGACCGCUUUUCCUCGAUACCCAAGCAUGCCUCUGUGCUCUACAGAGUACGACAAACUCGGAGGAUAGUAAUAUAGCAUGGCAGUGUAUAGGAAACCAAACACAGGGGGUCUAUAAUGUGACUACGGGGAAAUGGUUCAACAGUGUAGGGCCCUCCAAAAUACCGGAGGAACUCCUCAUAUCCGAUGCGACAAAUCAUCCCGACACCAGCAAGCCUUUUAUGGUAGAUAAUUCUACACAUGCUUUAGUAGAUCUCGACCCCAGCAAGCUUAGUGUCUGGGAUCGAGCCUGCACGGGCGAGAAUCACACAUCCUUCUCGACUUCUUACUAUAGGGCCUCAGCGGAACUCGAUCGAGACGAGACGCCCGUUGACGCUGCUCCUUGUUGGCGACCGGGAGCCAUUCCUAUAACAAUUCAGAAUGCGUCGAGCUGGGAGGAGAGGGGAUGCAAUGAAGGUUUCCUAUGUACCAAUAAUACCGUAAACUCACUACCACAAUUCUGCCCUCCCGUAACGGAGUGUCAAAUAGCGCGACUAGCCGGGUACACAUGCAUGUAUGGAGGCAAAAACGUCGGGAUGGGCCCUUUCGAACCCGUGGUCUGUCAGCAAGGGUAUUAUUGUCCGCCCGGACAAAACAAAAUGAUUCCUUGCCCGGCAGGCACGUAUUGUCAACCCGGCGCCCCCUCGCCUACACCAUGCAGCGUUGGAAGUAGAUGUCCUGAACAGUCGACAUAUGAGACUUUCGUAAUUCCGUUCGCGGUCCUGAUUUUUGUCGACAUCCUCCUGGUUUUGUCAUUUCUCUUGUAUUAUAUCCGGAUGCGUUACUGGAGGGCUCGCGAACAGUCCAUCGGCAACAAGUUCAAGAAGAGGACGACCUUCGUAGGGCAGCUGACGGGCUACAAGGAACUCUCUGGAAACGCGGACCAGGACCAUGACAUGAUACCGAUGCAGGCAACUUAUAUGCCUGGCCAGGAUACGUGGACUGGUUUUGAAGCUGCUCUGGAAAUGCCAACGCCGCGCAGCUCGACAUUGAACGUUCCCGACGCCGGAUUCUCCCCGCAGCUUCGAGUGUUUGUCGAAUCUAUGCGGAGAGCCACAGAUGGCGCUCGCUUCGGUUUAUCUUUCGCGUAUACCGACCUCAGUUUCCAACCCAAGGGUAACCCGAAGCCGAUCCUGCAAAACGUAACUGGGUCCAUCGAGCGCGGUUCGUUAACAGCGGUUAUGGGUGGUUCCGGCGCUGGAAAGAGUACGUUCGUUAACGUUCUUAUGGGCAAAACCACAAAUACCGGCGGCUCGGUCAUGAUUAAUAACGUGCCGGGGAAGAUUAAGAGGUAUAAGAAGCUCAUUGGUUACGUGCCUCAAGAUGAUAUCGUAUUGCCUGAAUUAACCGUCUACGAAAAUAUCCUUCACUCGGCGAGGAUACGCUUACCUCAGACCUGGAAGGACGUUGAUAUAAAAGCCCACGUCAACUCGGUUAUCGACUGCUUGGAACUGUCUCACGUCCGCGACUCGUUAGUUGGUAGCGUCGGGAAGCCCGUUAUCAGCGGUGGUCAGAGGAAACGAGUGAGCAUCGGAAUGGAACUCGCCGCAGCGCCCAUGGCCAUCUUCCUCGACGAACCUACCAGCGGUCUCGACGCCACGGCCGCGUCUUCCAUCAUGCGAACGCUCAAGGCGAUCGCGCGGCUAGGCAUCUCCGUUAUCGUGAUCAUCCACCAGCCGCGCAUGGAGAUCUUCGAGAUGCUCGACGACUUGAUCCUGCUAGCAAACGGACAGAUCAUAUACGAGGGGCCGGAGUCCGGAGUGCAGGACUUCUUCGAAAACGUCGGCUUCAGCUUCCCCCGGCACAGCAACUUCGGCGACGUCGUCACGGACAUUAUCACCGGCAACGGCAGGAUAUACAAGCCGUCCGGCGACAUCUCGAAGGAAGCUCUGAUAGCUAACUGGGCCCAAUCUAGUAAGAACGCUUCGAUCAAGGAGAAGCACGCCUCCAUCAGGUACUCCAAGACGUCUAUCGCGGAGAAUAAUUCUAAGGGUCGAGAGCUGCUCAAGAAACGAGGUGCCCCGCGCUGGAAGCAGCUCUGGCUAUGUCUGUCGCGCGCUAUGCUCCAGCAGUGGCGGGCCAAAUCCACGUUCUGCUUCGAGAUGGGACUGGCUACCGUAGCUGGGUUGCUCCUCGGUCUGGCCGAGAACUCGAAAAAGGGGGUGCUAUUUACCGGGAUCUACAAUGAGCCGUACGACGUCCUGUCUCUAGCGACGGACAUCAAGUCGGUGCCCGAACUGGCGCUCCUCAUGGCCAUCGCCAUCGGACUCGUCUCCGCGGCGCCCGGCGUCAAGGUCUUUUCGGAGGAGAUGCUGCUGUACAGGCGGGAGGCCGAGGCGGGCCACUCGCGCAUCGCGUACUACCUUGCGAAGAACCUGUCCGUGCUGCCGCGCAUGGUGUUCGCGUGCAUGCACUUCUCGACGCUGAUCCUGCUGCUCUCCGCGCCCAUCAUCCCUUGGGCCACCGCGUUCCUCGCCAACCUCGUGUACUUCUACUGCAUCUACGGGCUCGCCGGCUGCAUCAGCAUGAUCGUCCGCAGGGAGGACGCGCCCCUGAUCGCGACCAUGAUCAGCCUGAUCGUUGGCAUCUUGUCGGGCGCGGCGCCGCCGCUGUCGAAGGCGGUGGAGUGGCAUAUGGAGUGGCUGUGGCGGGCGUCGCCGGGUACCUGGCUUGCCGAGCUGUAUUUUGGACAGCUGAUCAACCCGCUCCGGUACCUCUACAACGUCGAGCUGGCUGCGCAGCAGGUGGGAUUCCAUCUGGACUGGCAUUGGCGCAACAUGGGAUGGUUGCUUGCUAUCGGCAGUAUAUAUCGCGUUGUUGCGUAUAUUGGCUUGCUUGCUGGGAACCGGUUGCGCGUGUAA